UCCUCAUACCGACGCUGCCCUGUGCACGCCGCUCCUGUCAGCUACAGAAGCAGGCGGAUGUACUGAUGGCUCGUAUUUCUGUUGACUUUCACAUUAUGUUGUUGUGUGUCGCGGUUUGUCUCCCGCCACCUGGCCUCUCUCCAUCCCGCUGGCCGUCUGUGAGAGCCUGCAGAGCGGACUGACUGAAGGUAGAUGUCCGGAGUGAGGCAGCAGAUCAGCGGAUCGCUGCAGGCGCUUUAAUAUAAACCUCUAUCUAUCUGCCUGAGACUGGAAGAACACUGGAGCUGUCUGGCUGGCUGCACUACUAUGAGUCUGAGCUCUUGAAGCUUUUGCUUUUAGAAAAAAUUUGCCACCCUUCUCGAAGAAGCCCACUUGAUUUCUCGAUGGGUUCCCGCAGCCAAGGCUUCUUCCACCACCACCACCACCAUCACCACCGUAACUCCAUGGUGCCCACGGUGGUGCCGAGGCUGAUGCCCGAGAACGGCAGCCUGCUGGGGGGCAUUGCGCAAAUCACCCCCAACCUCUUCCUCAGCAGAGGGAACGUGGCGUCCAACCGCAGCCUGCUGCUAUCCAAAGGCAUCACCUGCGUGGUCAACGCCACCAUCGAGCUCCCCAACUUCAACUGGCCUCACAUGGAGUACGUAAAGGUCCCUCUGGCGGAUAUGCCCCACUCCCCCAUCUCCUUGUACUUCGACAGCGUGGCUGAUAAGAUCCACAGCGUGGGGCGAAAGCGAGGGGCGGUGCUGGUGCACUGCGCGGCGGGGGUGAGCCGCUCCGCCUCCCUAUGUCUGGCGUACCUCAUGAAGUAUCACCGCGUAUCUCUGGCCGAGGCGCACGCCUGGGUCAAAGCCCGCCGCCCCGUCAUCAGGCCCAACGGUGGCUUCUGGCGCCAGCUCAUCGAGUACGAGAGGAAGCUAUUUGGUAGAAACUCUGUUAAGAUGGUGCAGACGCCCUAUGGGGUCAUACCUGAUGUUUAUGAGAGGGACCGCAGGAGCCUGGCUCCGUACUGGGGCCUGUGAGAUCCGCAGCGAGGAGAUAGAGGAGGAAGUGAAGGUGAGCCCUUUUGCCCUCCUGGACUGCAGCUUCAUGCGUGUUCAGGACAGGCGAAGUGAGAUGCGUUGCGAGUGUACAUCUGUUUGAGGCUUAUUUAAUGAAUACCGGUGCAUUUGGACAGAGGGAGUCUUAACCAAACACUGGUUGUUGAUGCGGUUCGUCCAACCAGUUGCCUCCAUUUAGUGUUUUGAGCGGGAGCAAGGCAACUUCAAGCCCAGAAUCCUUCGGACCAACGGAUCGAUCGGGACAACAGCGAUGUCAGACACCAAAAACAAGAUCAGAGCGUGGAAGUCGGUGCCGUCUAUCUCCUGGUCUGUCACUCCAGUUCCAGCGGAGGACGAGUGCUCGAUGGUGUUGGCUGUGCUCGAGACUCUGCAGCUCUGACAGUGAUGUGACUGAAGUCCUUUUCCUGACGUGAUGAUGUCAUGUGGUGGUAUUGUGCCAGUGUUGCAGUAAUCUUUGGUGUGAAGGGCAGCAGCAUGCUCUCAAUUUAUGGUAGCAUUUAAGAUAAGUGUACAGAAAAAAAAAAUAUAUGCAUAGACAAAUUAUUUUAUUGGAUUGUACUGAUAGUGAGGAAAAAAAUGGCACACUUUAACUGAACAUUUAAAGAUGUUGUUAUAUCUACCUUUUUUAAGGUGAAAAUCUAGAAGAUGUAAGCUAAAAGUCAAGGUUUAGGGAAAGCUCCUGUGUACCACAGGGUUGACUGUUCCAUCCUGUGACCACACUAUGUUGUUGUAGUGCUAUUUGAUGAUAUAUUAAAAAAAAAAGAAAGAAAAUCUGCCGCCUCAAGGGAAGUGAUAGCUCUAUGAUAGAUGCUUUGAAGAAUAUUUUCUAUCCCACUGUCUUUGCCUUGUGUCCAUAGGUUGCAAAAAGAUCAGAGCAGUACAGAAAGCACAUUUUAUUUCUGUUUAAAACAGCCUAAAAGAGCAAUGUUACACAGGCUGAAGAUCCUACUUCUGCUGUCAUCUGCUGGUUGAAAUGUUUAACUUUGUCCUUUCCCACGCUCCAAAAGUAGUUGUAGGGGUGAGACAAAAAAAAAUAAAAAAUACCACAAUAAAUCACAAUACACACCAUCAUCAAGAUUUUGCCACUAAUAUUAUCACAUAAAAGUAAAAAAUGCAGUGGUAUAUUUUUUUAUUAAAGGUGCCCUGUGGAGUUUUUUUUUGUUACACACCAAAACACAUUGUGUGUAUCCUUAAGGUCUAACAAACAUGAUGAAUGCAUUUCCUUCCUUCCUCAUAAAACAAAUGCAAAGCCAAGGUUUAAUUUUAAAUCCAGCAUUGUUUAAAUCCAUGUUUACGUGCUAGCAGUCUUCUUCUUCCCUGCCUUUGCUGGCGCAUUGCUGUGUUUCCUGGCGCGUCAUCAUCGCACCACAUUAUUGAGGUACAACACAUGCGCAGUCUGCACUUGCCGAAAUUAAGCCAAUAGCAACGCACAUGACAGCAGCUCCAGUUAUACUGCGCAUGUGUCAUACCCCAUAGCUCAAGACCCGUGUCCCAGCCUUUUUCAGUAAGCCUUGGCGCAUUCCCGCCACAUUGCAGAUUGGUGGAAAAGCACGAAACCUUUUGCAGGAUUGUGUAUCAUGAUGCCCGUGGAAAGAAAGCACAACUGGUGAUCAAAAACUCCACAGGUUACCUUUAAUUGAUUCACUAAAACAUUAGAUAAUGGUGAACAAAAUACCCACGUGUCAAAACAGCUGCACCCAUUGUUUUUGAUGUAAACCUACAUACCAGUAGCAUAUUGCAAUACGUAGAGAUACACCACUGUUUUAUUAAUCUAUCAGAGAAGCUGCAAUUUAAUCACAUCUGCUCCCCGGAUUUGGCACUUCAUGGCUACCAUAUAAUUACUACCUCUUCUGUAUGGCGUGCCUGCGUGUGGUCCAGAACCAAUUUACACAAUGCUAUGUGAAGUGGCCGGCGUGCAAUGCAUUCAAACUGACGUCUUCAAAUUGCAUAUUUUGUCAGACAAACAGUCCAAAAGAUAUAAAGACAAAAAGCAACUUAUUCUCGCAUUUUAGAAGCUGGAACCAGAGAUAAAUUAUUAUCGAAAUUGUUCACAAUUAGCAGUUUAUUUUGUUUCUAUCGACUAAUCUCAACUCAUUGUGUCAGCACUAAAUGUAGCCGAUGACUCUCUCAUCUGAGUUAUCGUGGGCAGUGAAUGUAUCGUGUUAGUUUUGAAUUAUGAUUUACCUUCUUGACUCUCACCCCUACACUACUGCAGUAUAACAUCUCUGUUGGGUGUGGUCAUCUGACAUCUAACUGCGGUCUGCACGCAGCAGUGAUAUUGGAUGUGACAGAGAUGACAUUUUCAACACAGAUUUCAGUGCAACAAUGUUUAUUUUUUAACAAUGCCAUAAUAGAUUAAGUGUGAUAUUACAAUAAUAAAAAAAAGAAUAAAAGUUGAGGGGUAAAUAAUUGUUAGCAGGAGAAAGAUGUUCUGUAAUCUGACUUCUAAUUAUUUCAUGCCCCAAGACAGUCAUAUUAAAAUAAUAAGAAAAAA